CUCGUGCCCGGGGCCCCCGCCUGGUGAGCGCGGCAGCGGCAGCGGCAGCGGCGGAGGCGGCCCCGGCGGGGCGGGGCGGCGGAGGAGCACCAAAGCCGCAGCGAGCCAAGAUGGUCGCCAAGCAGCGGAUCCGUAUGGCCAACGAGAAGCAUAGCAAGAACAUCACCCAGCGCGGCAACGUCGCCAAGACGUCGAGGAACGCCCCCGAGGAGAAGGCGUCUGUAGGGCCCUGGCUGCUGGCGCUCUUCAUCUUCGUGGUUUGCGGCUCGGCAAUUUUCCAGAUUAUUCAGAGUAUCAGGAUGGGCAUGUGAAGUGACUGACCUUAAGAUGUUUUCAUUCUCCUGUGAAUUAUAACUUGAACUCAUUCCUGAUGUUUGAUACCCUGGUUUAAAAACAGUUCAGUAAAGCAUCCUGCCUCAGAAUGACUCUUCAUGUCAUCCUUCAUGUGUCAUUCCAAGGUUUCUUCACAAGUCAUUCCAAGUUUUCUAGUUCAUACCACAGUGCCUUGAAAAGCACCACAUGUAUAAAGCAAUAAAAUUUGAUUGUUGAUCUACAAUCGUGGACCCGACUUAUUCAGUCAAGUAUAAAUUCUUGUUUUAUGUGAUUCUGAAAACUGUAUGCAGUAUAGAUACCUAGACUAAAUCUGUAUAGACAAAAAGGUCUUUGAUUUUUGUUUGCCCUAUGAUGUAUAAAUGCAGUUAGUCUUAAUUUAAAAUUUGGAAACUGAUUUUUAUAUAGCAGCGAGGCACUUUAUAUUGCUGUCUUGUGAAUUGAAAGCACACGCAUUAGGCAAAUUUAGCAGUGCUGUAUUAUGGUGCUUAUAAAUGGAACACCUAGAUGUAGUUAGCCUAGUUUUCUUGCAGCCUUUGGCACCUGAAAAUGAAAACAAUUUCAAAAUGCCUACUAUAGAAGGAGACUCUUAAAUCCAGAACAGUUAUUUUAAUAAGAUUAUUACUUUGACUACCUUGGAUUUCACAUGGUUGAAUAAACUAACUUAAGAGGCCAUAAAACAACCUGAUGAAACAUUCUGCCACCUCUUUUUAUUGCAGUUUUUUUGAGGUGAUGAUAUGAUAGAACCUGUCAGUGACUUAAAAGUAUGUUACAAAUGCCACUUGAAUUAUAAUGUCCAAUAUGAAGGGUAUUCACCACAGGUUAAGAUUUAUAAGUUAGCCCUACUAGUUAAGCAGUUUGCUAAAGCAUUGCUUGGAAAAUAUGUAUUAUUAAAAUUCCACUACUCAUUUAUCAGGUCAUAACAUGCUAUUGAGUCCAGCUGUGCCUUAGACCUCAUAGCAUGUUGAUAGCACUUUCAAUACUUAAAAAAAAAAAAGGCACACCAACUAAAUUAAGGUCAACUUUAAGUCUACCUUCCCUAAUUUAAGAUUAGGAUCCCCCCACCCCCCAUGAAGAUACAUAUAUGUAAAAUUUUAUUAACAUCUUGUUAUAUUGUUAUAUGUAAUAUAACAAUUAUGUCAUUAUAUUAUAUGUUAUAAUAAAAUACAUUGGACUUAAUCUUUAAUAUUCACCUUGAAGUUAGGGGCAUGGGUAUGAUGCUUGACUAGGUUGCUAUCAGUUAACUUUACCUGUUAUAUUGAGCGUGGGAAAGAAGACCAAGUUCUGUAGUUAAGACAUUUGGAAAGAUUACGCAGCCAUUAGUGGCAUUUUUUCUUUGUAGUUAUAGGCAAUUUUAAAAAACCAAUGAACAAAACUAGGUUUGCUUAUUAAUGAAAAUGGUGUAUAAGAUAAAUAGGAAAGUGCAUUUUACUUCUUCCUAGAGUCUCAUUUGGACAACAUCUGGACAAGACUAUAGUGAAUAAACAGUUGACAGGAUUCUCUUAGCUUCUGAUCUAUUUAAUUAGAGGCAGUUAAAUGAGCAGUGACACUAGUAGAGAAGGUUUAACAGAGGUAAACUACUGCUUGUGUAGUUUUCAAAGACUAGGAAAACAGCUAGUAACUGGUGUUUAGCUAAGGUAAUAAGGGUUCUCUCGCCAUUAUUUUUGCCACUUCAGUUAACAUAAUCAGGUUCCUGUUUGUCAUUUGAAGAGAAAUGCCUUGGUUAACCAGUAUAACUUUAAAAAUGCAAAGUUUUGCUCCAAAUUUGAAGCAGGUGCCUUAAUUUUGUUUUGAGUCAAACCAUUCCAUUGCAGUUUUCCUUGUUUUAGUACAGACAGUUGGCAUCGUAUUUUCUGUUUACAAUGUCUUAUUGACUAAAUUGACUGUUAAAUUGGUGUACAAAUUAGUCACUUCACAUCUGUAAAAAACUCCAUUCCCUUUGUAUUUACAUGUGUAAUUUACCCACUUUAUGCAGUUUAUAUUAAGCAAUUUAUGCAUGUUUGGUUAAAUGAAAAUCUUGUGCUCUGAUUGGUUUGCCCCCGUUAAAAAUAAAAAUUCAAUAUUUGAUGCUUUUCUUAAAAGAAAAAAUACAACUUCAUUUAAAUGUCUAGUUAUUAGAAGAUAAAAUGCUUUGUAUUAUGCUGUUUAGGUUAAAAUGAAAACAUUACUGCUGAGGCUUUGCAAUCUUUGCAAUAGUUGUGAGGAAUAAGAUGGAGAGUGCAUAGUAAUACAUGUACAGUAUGCUUUUUAAAUUGUCUAAAUGCUUUCCCUAUGUAGAACUUGUCCUUCUUUCACUGUGUUGUCUUCAUCUAUGGAAAACAUCUUUCCUCCCAUUUUCCUCCUCUCCCUUCCUGUCCCACCCCCCCACCCCUAAUCUAUAUUCUAUCUAAGGAUGUCAUUCAACAAUACAAAAUUAAAUAGUUUUAUGAGAUUGUCAACAUCUCUUUCUAAUUUUUAGCUGUAAUAAAUUUUAAGGGGAUAACCACAAUAUUUCAUUGUAUGCACUUGGUUGUAUAUAAUACACCUCAAAAUAAAGUGGUUGUUGAGUAGGUUUGGAAAUAUUUCUCAAUGUAUGAAGAUUUUUACUGUAAUGGAAUUCAUUGUAACAGGCUUUGACCUGUAUUAAAGGAAUUUAAUGUAUUCAA